AUGAGAAAGCGUAAAGACAAUGUUUGUGCCUUCGACCUCGACACGACACAGCGAGACCCACCCUCUUCUUCCACCUCCAGCCAACCAUGCGCGCCGGGGCAGUGCUGCUCGGCGGUGGUGCAGGCGAUUGCAGUGCCCGUGGGGGCGGUCUGGUUGGUGGUGCGGCGCUUCGACCGGCCGCAGGCGUACAAGCACUUCAUCCGAAGCUGCCGCCUCGUGGACGGCGACGGCGGCGCCAUGGGCUCCGUGCGGGAGGUGCGUGUCGUGUCGGGCCUCCCCGCCACCAGCAUCCACGAGCAGCUCGAGAUCCUCGAUGACGAGCACCGCGUGCUUAGCUUCCGGGUCGUCGGCGGGGAGCACCGACUCGCCAACUACCGGUCGGUCACCACCGUGCACGAGGCCGCCGCCGGCCACACCGUGGUGGUCAAGUCGUACGUCGUCGACGUGCCGCCCGGGAACACGGACGAGACACGCACGUUCGUGGACACCAUCGUGCGCGGCAACCUCCAGUCGCUGGCGCGCACCGCCGAGCAGCUCGCUGCCGCCCUGGCGUAG